UAUAGAACUGCUUCUGGGAUUUACUAUGUGAAAAAUGAAUAAUCAGAAGUUUAGUACUAUGCAGAACAAAUGGGAGGAACAUCAGUUAUGUGAUGUAGGAGAGUUUCUGUGCCGUGAUCGCAUGACUUGUGUCUCCCAGCACUGGCUGUGUGAUGGAGAACCUGACUGCCCCGAUGAUUCAGAUGAGUCUGUAGACACAUGUCCCGAAGAAGCAGAUUUCAAAUGCCCUCUGAAUUACAUGACCUGCAUUGGUACAAACAAAUGCGUUCACUUGUCCCAGCUCUGCAAUGGUGUUUAUGACUGUUCUGAUGGGUACGACGAAGGAGUGCAUUGUCGGGAAUUGCUACCCAGAUGCCAACAGAUGAAUUGCCAGUACAAAUGUGCCAUUACCAGGAAUGGCACCAAGUGUUACUGUGGAGAUGGCUAUGAAACAAGCAGUGAUGGAAGAAGCUGCACAGGUGCAAUGAGCUGGUGGUGGGUUACCUGCUUUCAUCUUGGAGACAUACUGGGAGACCAACAGGAAGCUGAUUUGAAUGAGUGUAAUACAUAUGGAAGCUGCAGCCAGAUGUGUAUAAAUACAGAUGGGUCAUACACCUGUAGCUGUGUAGAGGGUUACGUUCUUCAGCCUGAUAACAAGUCUUGCAAGGCCAAAAAUGAGCCUGCUGAUAGACCUCCUCUUCUUCUGAUUGCAAACUCUGAAACAAUAGAGGUAUUACAUCUUAAUGGAAGCAAAGUGUCUGCCAGAACCCCUGUAAAAGGAUCUUCAAUUUUGACACUAGAUUAUAGCUACAGAGAGGACACUAUUUGUUGGAUUGAAUCAAGGGAUCUUGCAAGUCAGCUGAAAUGUACAAAGAUAACAAAAGCUGGGAAGUUAACAGACGAGUGGAUAAUAAAUGUUGUGCAGUAUCUUCACAAUGUGCAGCAAAUAGCAAUUGACUGGAUCACUGGAAAUUUUUACUUUCUGGAUCAUGUCAGUGAUAGGAUCUUCGUUUGCAACCAGAAUGGAACGGUGUGCAUUACGCUCAUUGAGCUGGACCUCAGUAACCCUAAGGCCAUAGCUGUUGAUCCAACCUCAGGAAAGCUUUUCUUUACGGACUACGGGAAUGUUGCCAAGGUUGAGAGAUGUGACAUGGAUGGAAUGAACAGAACAUGGAUAGUAGACUCUAAAAUUGAACAGCCAACUGCUCUUGCACUAGACCUCAUCAAUAAAUAUGUGUACUGGGUUGACAUCUAUCUGGAUAAUAUGGAAGUUGUUGACUAUGAAGGGAGAAAGAGGCAUACAGUGAUAAAAGGCAGACAUGUUAGGCAUCUCUGUGGUUUGGCAGUAUUUGAAAACUACAUAUAUGCAGUUAAUUCAGAUAACUUCAGUAUUUGGCAAAUAAACAGAUAUAAUGGCACUGAUGCUUGGUCCCUUACCAGACUUGAAAAUGCAAAGGACAUCCGUGUGUACCAGAAAAGAACUCAAACAUCGGUCAGAAGCCAUGCAUGUGAGGUGGACCCAUAUGGAAUGCCAGGGGGAUGUUCACACAUCUGUUUGCUCAGCAGCAACUACAAAACACGGACUUGUCGCUGCAGGACUGGCUUCAUCUUGGGAAGUGAUGGCAGGUCAUGCAAAAGACCAAAGAAUGAAUUGUUUCUUUUUUACGGGAAGGGACGCCCAGGAAUAAUACGGGGAAUGGAUCUGAAUACCAAAGUAUCUGAUGAAUACAUGAUCCCUAUAGAGAACUUAGUCAAUCCUCGUGCUCUGGACUUCCAUGCAGAAACCAAUUACAUUUACUUUGCUGAUACUACCAGUUUCCUAAUUGGACGGCAGAAAAUUGAUGGCACAGAGAGGGAAACAAUCCUCAAAGACGAUCUUGAUAAUGUAGAAGGCAUAGCGGUGGACUGGAUUGGAAAUAAUCUUUAUUGGACAAACGAUGGCCACAGGAAAACAAUCGCUGUAGCCAGACUGGAAAAAGCUGCUCAGAGUCGGAAAACAUUGCUAGAGGGAGACAUGUCUCACCCCAGAGGAAUUGUUGUUGAUCCUGUCAAUGGCUGGAUGUAUUGGACAGACUGGGAAGAAGAUGAAAUAGAUGACAGUGUGGGAAGAAUUGAGAAGGCAUGGAUGGAUGGCUACAGUCGGCAGAUUUUUGUAACAUCAAAGAUGCUUUGGCCGAAUGGUUUAACUCUGGACUAUCGUGCCAAUGUGUUAUACUGGUGUGAUGCCUAUUAUGAUCACAUUGAAAGGAUAUUUUUGAAUGGAACUGAAAGAAAGGUAAUCUACAGUGGAAAAGAUUUGAAUCAUCCUUUUGGAUUAUCACAUCAUGGAAAUCAUAUUUACUGGACAGAUUAUAUGAAUGGAUCUAUUUUCCAGCUGGAUCUGAUCACAAGGAAUGUGACACUGUUAAGAAGUGAGAGACCACCUUUGUUUGGGCUUCAGAUAUAUGACCCCCGUAAACAGCAAGGUGAUAAUGCAUGUCGCGUUAACAAUGGAGGCUGCAGUACUCUCUGUUUAGCCAUUCCUGGAGGCAGAGUUUGUGCCUGUGCUGAUAAUCAGUUUUUGGAGGAAAACAGCACAACCUGCAUGAUUAAACAUGGAGAAAUGCCACUACAGUUGUGCAAAGCUGAACAGUUCCAGUGUAACAAUAAGCGCUGUAUCCAUGAUCGCUGGCGCUGUGAUGGAGAUGAUGACUGUUUGGAUGGCAGUGAUGAGCAUGCUGACAUUUGCUUCAAUCAUAGUUGUCCUGAGAAUCAGUUUAAGUGCCAAAAUAAUCGCUGCAUUCCCAAGAGAUGGCUUUGUGAUGGAGCUAAUGACUGUGGUAAUAACGAAGAUGAAUCAAAUAAAACCUGUGCAGCAAGAACGUGUCAGAUCGACCAAUUUUCUUGUGGGAAUGGGCGCUGUAUUCCAACGUCGUGGCUGUGUGACAGGGAGGAUGACUGUGGAGAUCAAACUGAUGAAAUGACAUCCUGUGAAUUCCCAACGUGUGAGCCACUAACUCAAUUUGUUUGCAAAAAUGGAAGAUGUAUUAGCAGCAAAUGGCUCUGUGAUUCAGAUGAUGACUGUGGCGAUGGAAGUGAUGAACUAGGCUGCAUCCACUCGUGUUCUGCUGAUCAGUUCAGGUGUUACAAUGGCAGAUGUAUCCCAAGCCAUUGGGCAUGUGAUGGUGACAAUGACUGUGGAGAUUUCAGUGACGAAACCAGAACAAAUUGCACCAAGGAAGGAACUCCCACUCCUGGACGAUGUAAUGGGAAGGAAUUUCAGUGCAGCCCUGAUGGGAACUGUGUUCCUGAGCUGUGGCGCUGUGAUGGAGAAAAGGACUGUGAAGAUGGUAGUGAUGAAAAAGGCUGUAAUGGAACUAUACGACUCUGUGAUGAAAAGACAAAGUUCUCCUGUGUGAGUACAGGGAGAUGCAUUAGCAAAGCGUGGCUAUGUGAUGGCGAUAUUGAUUGUGAGGAUCAGUCUGAUGAGGAUAAUUGCGAGGGCUAUAUGUGUGGACCACCAAAAUACCCUUGUGCUAAUGAUACCUCCAUCUGCCUACAGCCUGAGAAGCUCUGCAAUGGGAGAAGAGAUUGUCCUGAUGGAUCUGAUGAAGGCGAUCUUUGUGAUCCAUUUGAAGCUUUCAUAAUUUUUUCUAUUCGACACGAGAUCAGAAAAAUUGAUCUUCACAAACGUGACUACAGCCUUUUAGUUCCUGGUUUAAGAAAUACAAUAGCACUUGAUUUUCAUUUCAGUCAGAGUUUACUGUACUGGACAGAUGUGGUGGAGGACAAAAUUUACAGAGGCAAGCUUUCUGAUACUGGAGAAAACAGAGCAUGA